CUGAAGUUGUUUGUAUUUCCUAGAGAAACUAAAGUACACGAUUAGUGUUCUUACUGAAUAGGUUCCGGGAAUGACGUCAUCACCAGUAUUAAGUUCCCGCGCCCUUGUAUCAAAAUGGCGACGAGAGCGAAUGAUCAUUUGUCGCAAGUGGUGAGAGGACAGGUUUUUGAGGUUGGACCACGAUACACAAAUUUAGUGUACAUCGGCGAGGGAGCAUAUGGAAUGGUUGUCUCUGCAGAAGAUAAUGUUGCAAAAACAAGAGUAGCCAUCAAGAAAAUAUCUCCUUUUGAGCAUCAGACGUAUUGUCAACGAACUCUCCGAGAAAUUAAGAUCCUAACCAGAUUCAAGCAUGAAAACAUUAUCGACAUCAGAGAUGUACUUCAUCCUGAAACUAUAGACCAGAUGAAGGAUGUAUACAUUGUCCAGUGCUUAAUGGAGACAGACUUGUACAAGCUACUAAGAACCCAGAAGUUAAGCAAUGACCAUAUUUGUUAUUUUCUCUAUCAAAUUCUUCGAGGUUUGAAGUACAUUCAUUCAGCAAAUGUUUUACACAGAGACCUCAAGCCUAGUAAUUUACUCCUUAAUACCUCCUGUGAUUUAAAGAUUUGUGAUUUUGGUCUGGCUCGAGUGGCUGAUCCUGAUCACGAUCAUACUGGUUUUCUAACAGAGUAUGUGGCCACCAGGUGGUACCGUGCACCAGAGAUAAUGCUGAAUAGUAAAGGCUACACCAAGUCCAUUGAUAUUUGGUCAGUUGGUUGUAUUUUGGCAGAGAUGUUGUCCAACAAACCCAUCUUUCCAGGAAAACAUUAUUUGGACCAAUUGAACCACAUACUUGGCAUACUUGGAUCGCCAACUCAGGAAGACCUUAACUGCAUUAUCAAUGAAAAGGCUAGAAACUACCUUCUCUCACUACAAGCCAAACCCAAGGUUCCGUGGAGUCGGCUAUACCCCGAUGCCAAUCAACAAGGUUAG